AUCACUCGACAUCUGCGAGCCUUACGUAACUCUCGAAGACUCCGCGUGCGGGUUUUGCUGAACGCGGAAUACAGUCCGCCGCCAACGCGUUACACACGGUAACGUUACAGUCGCGCGAGCCGAACGGACCGGUGAACGAGGUACGAGUCCGAUGAGCAGCUCGAAGUCCCCGUUUGACCUGCAUGCGAUAUAUGCUAUAUGUUGGGUAAAGGCCUGAAGCGGAAGCUGGAGCGGGAGGAAGAGAAUGAGGGGAUGAGCUGCCCUCAGGAGGUGUCAUCCGCCUGCUACUGGCUCCAGCGGCAGACUGUGCUCAACCUCUCGCUGCUGAAGCUGCACAGCCAUCCGGGACACUCGGAGCCGGGCCUGGCCCGCAGGGUGCUCAUCACCAACACGCUCCGGCACAUCCAGGACGAGCUGAGAGGGGAGGGCUUCCCUGUACGCCAGUCCGUCCCCAGCACCGGGCCUCCACUGGGCGUUGUUGAAGGGUGUCGGGAACGUCCGGCGGAUCAUGGGGUCGAGUCCCAUAGUGAGGGCAGUUUGACGCCCGUGUCACGGUUGGAGGAGGACAGACAUCUGCUUCUCUGUCUGUCUCCGUCCAUUUCCAGACAGCAGCCCCCAUCAUCCUCUGUUAUUAAAGACAGCUUCAGCUCAGCACUGGCUGAAAUUGAAGAUCUGUGCCCGACUGUGGGAAUAACCACUUCAUUUACUACAGAGACGGGCCACACGCUCACAGCAAACUCAGAUGAAUCCAGACAAACGGACCCAGAUCUUUCUGAAAUGAACAGCGGUAUGGACCCAGCCUCAUCUCUCUCUGACUCCGCCCAGUCAAUGUUUGGCCACACCCCCUCACUUCUCGCUGAUUUCUCAUUGGACGAUUUCCUGGUCACGGAAAUAGACAGCUUGCUGUUCGACAACGUCCCCUGCGGAUCGUCCCUGAUCACGAGCUCGGGCGCGUCAAAAGUCGUUUCCAUGGUAACGGACGACCUCGUAAAGACGCUCGCUGGUUACGGCGGGACGAGCCAAUCGGUGCUUCCGUCUAAUCAGACUUUCAAACUGGAUCUGAACGAACUGGACCACAUCAUGGAGGUUUUGGUUGGGUCGUAAUUUGACAUGCAAAACGUAUGUUUAAAUUUGUAUUUAAUAUUAAGGUCAAUUUUUUACAGUAUGUAGACCAAAAAGGGUUACUAUGGAAAAGAAGGUACAUGCAUAUGUUCGUAUAUUUAUUUUGAUACGGUAACCGAGGGCGCACAAUAUGAUGUAAUAUAUUGCAGCCAUUUUAUGUUAUAGAAUGCUAUUUCAGUAAUUUUUCUUGUGGAAAUUUCAUAUGA